AGCUUCCAGUUCCCAGCAUGCCAGGGAGUGGCUGGGACAGCCGGAGAGCAGAGGACCAGGGGAGAGCAGAGAGUUUAGGAGGACAUCAGUGUGAACCUGAAGACUUCAGGCAUCCAGAAGAGAGGACUGACAAAGAAGGUUUAAGAAUAUGAGAAUAGGAGCUGCAGCUUUAGCGGGGGGGAUUUUAGGGGUAGUAGGAACUUUGUGUUUCCUUGUGGCCUUUGGUACAGACUAUUGGCUGGUAGCCAUUGAAAACUGUGGACAAUUUCUGCAGCCAGGAAUCCCAACGCAGGACAAAGACGCUAACCGGACCGAGCUCAUUCUGCACCAUGAGGGAUUUUUCUGGCGAUGUAUGUUUGAAGUGGAACCUUCGUCCAAAGCCUCGUUGUUCUCAAACCAGCCUGAGUAUAAGGUGUGCAUCCAUGGUUACCUCUUCCCGCUGCCAGUGGCCAUUGGGGACGUUCCUAACCACAUCUAUGACGCUACAGCAGGUAAAUGCUUUCAGUGGUCCCACGGUCAGCCAUGAAUGCAAGUUUACACAUUUUCUCUCUGAU